UAUGCUGGUUGUAAUGCUCUUGUACACUUGUAUACGAUCUUUCUCCCGCGAUUGAAGGUUGUGUUCUUCUCUCUCUCGAUUGGAUCUCCCUGAGUCUCAUCGUUCCCGAUUCUAGGGUUUCCCAUCCAAUUGCAACAUUUCCUUCAAUUCGCUUCGUUUCUAGGGUUUCUCCGUUGCCAGAUCCAUUUUUUUCUUCUAUUCAGAUAAUAAUUCAUCAUGUUUUGGCGAAUGGCUGGUUUGUCCACCGCGUCUCCGGUGGAGACCAUUUUGGAUAGGGAGAAUUUCACUUUGGAGGAACUACUUGAUGAGGAUGAAAUUAUUCAAGAAUGCAAGGCUCUUAAUAGCCGGCUUAUAAAUUUUUUGUCUGGAAAAUCACGAGUUGAACAAUUGGUACGAUACAUUGUUGAAGAGGCUUCUGAGGAUGCUGAAAAGAAGCGGACUUUUAAGUUUCCUUUUAUUGCUUGUGAGAUAUUUACCUGUGAAGUUGAUAGCAUACUCAGAGCUCUGGUAGAAGAUGAGGAAUCGAUGAAUUUGUUAUUCUCCUUUUUGGAGCCAAAUCACUCCCAUUGUAACCUACUAGCUGGAUAUUUUAGCAAGGUAGUUGUAUGCCUGUUGUUGCGCAAGACAGUUCCUUUCAUGCAAUAUGUUCAAGCUCACCAGGAAAUUGUGAAGAACCUAGUUGAGUUGAUUGGGAUUACAUCUAUCAUGGAGGUUUUGAUUCGCUUGAUUGGCGCAGAUGAGCAUAUGUAUGUAAAUCAUGUGGAUGCAAUGAAGUGGAUUGAAGAUACUGAUGUGCUUGAGAUGAUUGUGGACAAGUUUAGCUCUUCAGAUUCUCCAGAAGUGCAUACUAAUACAGCAGAAACUCUUUGUGCCAUUACACGAUUUGCUCCAGCGGGGCUCACUGCCAAAAUUUCCAGUCCAAGCUUUAUAGGAAGAUUAUUCUGUCAUGCUCUAGAAGUUUCUCGGCCAAAAUCUGUUCUCGUUAACUCGUUAUCUAUAUGCAUAUCUUUGCUAGACCCGAGAAGAAUUUCUUUCGGAGCUUAUCAUUCCUAUAACCGUCAAAUGACUAACGAAUCCACUGUUACUGCAAAGCCCGAGAUUGUUGAAGGCAUGCUAGAAAGCUUAGGUGAUCUACUAAAGCUUUUAGACGUUUCUUCAGCUGAAAAUUUUUUGCCUACUACUUAUGGCAAGUUACAACCACCUCUUGGAAAACAUCGUUUGAAGAUUGUAGAGUUUAUAUCAGUCUUAUUAACUAUUGGUAGCGAAGCUGCUGAGGAGAAAUUGAUUGAUCUUGGAGCAGUACAAAGAAUUAUAAACUUGUUCUUCGAGUAUCCUUACAAUAACUUUCUGCAUCACCACGUGGAAAACAUUAUAAUAUCAUGCUUGGAGAGCAAGAGAUCUUCUCUUCAGGAACAUAUUCUCCGUGAUUGUGAUUUUGUUGGGAAAAUUAUUCGAGCAGAAAAGCUAUUAACAUUAGAAGCCGGUACAAAUAAGCCGACAUCACCAGCUGAGGAUAAAUCACCACCUAGGAUAGGGAUCAUAGGUCACUUGACCCGGAUAUCUAACAAACUCAUCCAGUUAGGGAAUAACAACAGUGUGAUUCAGGAGCAUCUGCAGGGAAUUAGUGAAUGGACAGAUUGGUACAUGAAUGUUUUAUCAAACCGGAAUGCUGUGGAAAAUGUAUCUCAGUGGGCAUGUGGGAGACCGACAGCAUUGCAUGACAGAAAUAGGGAUAGUGACGAGGAUGAUUUCCAGGAUCGGGAUUAUGACGUGGCAGCCUUGGCAAAUAACUUAAGUCAGGCCUUCCGUUAUGACAUUUAUAAUAAUGAUAAUGAUGAAGACAUGGACGAGGUUCACUCUCUUGAACGUGACGAUGAGGAUGUUUAUUUUGAUGAUGAAUCUGCGGAGGUUGUUAUAUCUUCUUUGCGGUUAGGAGAUGACCAUGAAAGUGGAUCUCUCUUCACAAAUUCCAACUGGUUUGCUUUUGAGGAGGAUAGAGAUCAAGUAGCCAAGGAAAGGUCAACUGGCUCUCUUGCUUCUCCAUCACCUAAGGCUGAGGAGGAUGUUAAAAAUGCCAGUGGAGACGUGGCUGCUAGUGAAGAUGAAGAUUUGGCUGAUACUGCAACUUCUUCUCCAGAAACAGAACCUGAACCAGAACUGAAAUUAGAACCUGUUGGAACUGAUAAACCCGUCGAGUGGGUUGAAUGGAGGGAGUCUUUAGAUGCCAGUGACCCUUCAGAGGUUCUUCCCAAUGGAGAACUUGAGUCAGAAUCAGGGAACAAUGAUCUUAAUGCUCCCGACUCUUCAUCUCCGGCAUCCAACGUUGCAUUAACGAAGGAUGAGCAGAUCGAUGCUGCACCAUUAGCAUCACUGGAUGAAAACCUCAGUAUCCCUGAUCCAACUCAAACAGAAAGUGAAAUUCCAACUCCGUCUGCGUCUAGUUCUAUAGAUGAGGCAACGGCUGAAGUUGAAGAAGACAGUAACAAGGAUGAGGCAACGGCUGAAGUUGAAGGAGACAGUAACAAGGAUACGACAGAUGACAGUAAAGGUAUUGAAGAAAUGAGUAGCUAAUGUAAAUUCCUCUGAAUUGGCUUGGGUGAUUAUGCAAAAUUAACCAGGUGGGAAGAUAAAAUUUGGAGUCUGGCUCGGCAAGAGUAUUUAGUACCUCUUUGCACGCUGCUAUAUUUUUUAUAGGAAUAAUAUUGAUUCUUUUAUUCCCGCCUACUUCUGAAGCUAGAAAUCCAAUGCCUGAUGAUGUUUUAGCUCAUGCUGUUUAGGUGCUACUGAAUUCUUCACCUGUUCAUAUCAAUAUUUAGCUCGCCCAAUUAGGUGCUACUGAAUAUUCUCGUUUUUACUGUUUAAUUAUUCAUGUUCAUACAAGUACGUCUUUUCUAAA